AAAAAACUCACGAUCAAUUUUGGUGAGCUCCUUCAUCUUCUAGCCACGCACUUGUUCUUCUUCUUCUUCUCCUUCCUUCACAGUGCCCUCUCGCUCUCUGCAACACUCUUUAUUUAUUUAUUAUUUAUAUUCAUCGAUCCUUCUCUAUCUCUCUUUGAUCCUCUUCCGAUCGUCUUUUUUCCCGCGGUUUCGCCUUCCACCGUUUCCGGAUCUUAAUGGUUGAGAAGCAAGAAGAAGAAAUGAAUGAGUGUGGUGUUCUCAAUGGUGGCAAAGUAGGGACGUCUUCAGUGUCGUCACCACCACAAGAGAAAGGAAGGAAGAACAAGAGAAAGUUAGCUGAUCCUUCUCCACAAACUGCUGCUUCCUUGACUGAGUUCCCUCGAUAUGAGUUACAUUCACUCAAGUCUCAAAACCCUUUAUGUGAAAACGACUCCAACGGGCAGCUGAAAGCGGAAGAGUCUGAGUCUUUAGGAUGGGAUGAUCCGUUUGCUUGUCAGCUCGAACAGCUUUUAUCAUCGAGUUUACUCAACCUCUUCCGUAAUGCAAUGAAUCAGAUUAUGGAUUGUGGUUAUAGUGAGGAUGUUGUUCUCAAAGCUAUUUCGAGCAGUAGGCUCUACUGUGGAGGAAAUGAUCUCGUGUCAAACAUUGUUAAUGAUACCUUGAGUUUUUUGAAGAGUGGGAAAAAAGUUGCUGGUUCGAGAGACUAUGUGUUUCAGNCUCAUUCUCUUGACAAUCAGGCACUCAAGUUAGCUGGUGUUCAUGGAAUCGCAGUGGAGGUUUGGUGGGGGAUCGUAGAGCGUUUCUGUCCUCUUGAGUUCAAAUGGUCACUCUGUUUAGAUAUGGCAGACAGUGAAACACCUGAGAAAUAUCUUUGCAGCCCUGAAGGAUUGCGUAGACAGUUAGACCGUUCAAUGUUGUAG